GCAUGUAAAAAUUAAAGAUUUCAUAUAUUAAACUCUCAUUUAGUAGGGAGACUAGAGUAAGAAAAUCCCAUGAGGACUCCAAAUAAGUACUUUCUUGUAAACCUGGAUAGCCCUAAUAUAUGUGACUAAAGAAAUUCAGUGACCUGUGUUACUUGAUUGAGUUAUGGGGACUCCCAAUACAUAGAAGAAAAAUCCAUAACCACUUCAAAUAAAGCUAAAAAUUUUAAUACAAAAACAACGAUUUAAAUCUAAAUGUGACCCCGCUUUCAUUUGUAGAAAGCGGGGUCUGAUGUCUGUCCUCGGUAUUAUUUAAUCUCGGAUCUUGAUCCAGACUUCUCGCAUUUUAAUCUGCCCAACAUUGAACAACAUUAUAGAUAGAAGGAGAACUACCUUCUUGUGUACCUAAUUAACUCACUAUAAUUGGUCAAAAAGAAUUCACCAUUAGUUACUAGAUAGUUCCUUUAGUUAUAACUCAAGCUCAAAAAUAAUGAAUCUGUCCCCAGAAUCACAGGAACUUUAUAUUUCUAAUAUUUUCAAAACAAUGUCGGCAAUUUAUAACGCAUGCGUGUGUACGAUUUAUAAAUAUUUAUCGAAAAACUCGUCAUCUACCUUGGCUGAUGCCUGCAAAUGUAAACCAUGCAAAUGCGAGAAGUGUACCAUGUUUGUAAAAACCUAUGAUAGUAACAGUAAUGAAUGCAAUCAUAAAUCACACGGAGUAAUGAUGUCACAUCAUGCUGAACAUAAAAAUAAUAUUUGUGAAGAGCACCUUGCUAAAUCUAUCAUUUAUGAUGCCGAGAAUACAGCAACUACUACAACACUUUUUGGAGACGCACAAUCAGACAGCUGCCAGUAUUCGCCUUGUUCAUGUGCUAAUUGCAUACAACGAUGCCUUAGUUUACCGCUAGUGAACCAACCGCGUUCAGGCCGGCCUAUCAAACCUGGAAUCAAACAAUUGAAUGAAUUGCAAAAUAGUAGCUUUAACGACUCUCGCAGUUUUAACCGUGUAUCCGGUGGUGAUAUGGUCGGAAAACCACGGAAACAUAAAUUUUACACUGCUAUAAUAGGAAACCAUCAACUGAUGACACAGAAAGUGGAUUUUACAGACGCUGUAUGCAAAUGUUCGUUUUGUGAGUGUUCGUCAUGUCCUUAUCGAGAACAAGCACCAGCAGUGGGAUCUCAGGAAAGUUGUAAAACUAUUAGUCUAAUAAAACAAUAUGUUGAAGAUGAGUGGAAACGAAAGUUAGCAGGAAGUAAAGCUACAGAUUAUAAAUAUGACUAUGAGCUUCGUGGUGGCAGUCUAAAAAAUACAUUCAGCAAAUUUGGUGCUAUAAGCAGUGCAGAAAAUUGUAGUAAAUGUAAAUCUGACCCCAAAUCUUGCCAUUGCUCUAUAAAAAGAAUGCUAAAUAAUCUAUACGAGCAUGACAUUGAAAUUGAAGAACGUCAACAUACAUUUCCGAAUGAACACUAUAAAAAUAGCUGUUCAUGUAACUUAGUAAAUGCAGAAACUAAUACAGAAUACAAGACAACCGACAAAAGUACUGAAACUAAUAAUCAGCAUAGCGCAGAAAAUAAAGUAAAAACUUAUGAAUACAACUUAAAAAUCGAUAUUACUACACCUGAUCUUGACAAUAUAAGCAAGCUUUCAACUAAACAGAAGAUAGUUAAAAUAUCUAAAAACAAAAUAAAGGAAAAGACGCAGUCCGUAAUGAAUGAUAUUAUAAACGAUAUUUCGAAAAAUUCUCUAACGGAAAAAGUUAGCCAAGCUCAAGCUUCAUGUUCGGACCGAAAACUGAACAAGACGGAAAGUUUCAUUAUUGGCUGCAUGACCCCGAUGCAUACUGUCAUAGGGAAGAGUACUGCAAAUUUUGAGGAAGCUAUAAAAUCAGAAUUGCCGUCAAAAGACGGUUCGUUUCUGUUUCAGAACGAAAUAUUAUGUCCAAGAUCGCCAGAAGAAAUCUCAAAUACUGUCUCAAUAUUAGAUCCGGAAAUGGGGAGUUAUGUGGAUCAGCUUAGAGUUCAAGAACCGUGUGCAAGAAGGGUGUCACAUCAUACAGUUAGUCUCAGGUGGAAGGUGCCCAAAGCAAUCGAAGGAAUAAUGGGAUACGAGAUACUCGUAGACGGCAAAUCCAUCGAGAUGAUAAACAACCCCAGACGCUGCAUGGCAGUAGUGAGCUGUCUCCCUCCCGUGCCGCGACUCCUGAUCACCAUCCGGACCAUCACCAAAAUGCCCGGCCUGGGGUUCCUUCCUUGCACCACUAUCGGAUAUCACCCGCGGGAUAAUAAAUAUAUUUGCAUUUAGGUUUUCGUCUAUAUCUCUCACCGUUGCAUCAAAUUAGUAAUUCAGAGUUUAAUGAAAGAAUGAAAACACGUCGUCGAUUUUGAGUGCCUGCCGUAGUCACCAAAGAUUUAAAUUGAGUUUGUUUUAAUGUAUGCCGUACGUCGUCCCGUACCUGCUUAACGGUGACAUCUCAAAAACACUUUUUCGAGAAAUCGUAUCAAAAGUUUUGACACUGUUGAUGCCAAGUUUUUGUAUUGCGUUGUAGGGCCUUGAACUUUCAGUACCUAACAGGUAUCCCAAGCAGUAGCAAAUAAGUUUCAAUGAUAAGUAUUAUUAGGUAGGUAAUAAACUCGUAAAUCUCGUAAUGACUAAAACUGGGCCGUGCUCUUCAUAAUUAUGUUUUUAAUGUUUCAUUCAUUGGAUGUUUAUCUCUUGUUUUAUACAUAGGUACCUACAUAGUAAAAAUGUGUCUUAUUUUCAGAGUAAAAAUAUAAAAUUUGUGAAAAAUAAAGUAAAACUAGA